AUGUCUGGUGGGAUCCACAGCUUGCAUGGGCAAGCUUGGCCCACUGGAAGCUCGCGCCUAGGCUUGGGCCGUGUCCUACCAAGGCUGGGGGCAACGGGUGGAGUUGCUCUUAUAGAGAAUCAUAAAAAUUUUGAAGUGCUUCAAAUGGCUCUUGGGAUCGGAAUCCCUUUUGAAGUGUGUAAAAGAAGGAGCUGA